AUGUCACAAUCGACACCGCCAUCUCUGCCCCAAGACUUCCUGAUUGACGGGCUGCUACCCCACACAAAUGGUUUCGACGAGCAUGAACCACCAAUAGAGUUGCUGGAGAGGGAACUGCCUAUGGUCUGGGAUGGUCAGUUCCCGCUGGGAGAUUUGGUCCAGCGAGUGGUCCAAGCAUGCUAUGCCGAGUUGAGCGAGAUGGCUGAAACCUUACCUGGGAUGUCGGACACCGCUCGAAAACGAAAAAUAGCAGAUUUCGUGGUCCACUGGAAAAAACAAAUCGUUAAACUGUACGCCGUGGCCAAAUGGUCAAGAGAUGCUGACAUUGUACAGAAAUGCAUGAAUAUUACAGCGUUCUUGAUGACUCAAAAUCAGCAGUUCGAGCAUGCCAUCGAGGCUAUCAAAAACGCAAGGAACCAACUGGAUCCAUCACGACUACGAAAUCACGACCUCCUAACAUCUCUGGACGUACUGACGACUGGGUCGUAUCGACGAUUACCUUCAGCAAUCAAGAGCUUCAUCAUACCACCGACACCUCUCACAGACGCGGAAGUGGCGAAGACAAUGUCUGAUAUAGAGGCUCUCAUCCGGUAUCGACUGCGGAUGCAGGAACUUGUACCUGUUGAGAUGUCGAGGUAUCGAAUAGCGGACGGCCGGGUAUUCUUCACCGUUCCGAAGCUAUUCGAGUGUUCCCUGUCUUUACAGGGAGGCAAGAAGAAUGACGGGUGGUUCUUCGUGCACGUCGAGUUUCUCUUCAAUGUCGGGGGUGAUCACACUGGCAUGCAGGAGUUUCCUCGAAUACCAAGCGGGAUUCUGAAACAACACUUGACCAAUGAAGCGGACUCGCAACUAGGUCAUUAUUUACCAUUCUCACAAGACUUACAGCUGCCGCCGGGUGUUGAACUUCCACCACGACCACAACUGCCUGAAGGAGUUAUCGACUCACCGCUUAUACGGGUGUAUAACUUCCUUCAGAUCAUGUCGAUGUCGUAUCAACUUGAGAUCCUUUGCUACCAGGCUGAGCGCCUACGAUCGCUAGGCUGGGCCGACUUCUUGAGGGUGGUGAUGAGCAGGGAUCGUAAGACACUGACCAUCACAUACUGGAUCCGCAAACCGCUACCUACGGGUCCCAAUGCCCCCCGCAUCAAACCCGCGAAACUCCCACCACACGGCGGAACCCUUACCAUUUCGCUUGUCUCCUCUCCAGCACCGCGACGUUCACCACGGUCUCGUGUUCUUGCCGAGAUCCAGGAAAAGACGAAGUUGAAGGCGAGACUGGGGAGGAAACCGUCGGAUGAGGUAGAGGGAAUGAUGUGGGAAGUUACUUGGAAGCCGGAGGUUACGGCGUUAGGGGUGGACAGGAUUCCGAGGGAGGAUGCCGUGUUGAUGGAGAAGGAGGUCGUUGUGGAUGCGGAUGAUUUGGAUCUGGAGAGCAUGUUGAGGAAGGUCAUCGAAAAGCACUCAAGAGGAAUCCUCAAAGAGAUCUACUCGAGGCUUAUGCGUAUGGUCGUGUUCUCCGCACCCGGAUCUGUCAUACUCACCACCCAAGACAACGAAAUGGCUCUCCGCGUCCACCUUUGCGCUGACGAACUAGUUAUCAUCACCAUCGACAUCCGAAUUGGCGAACUGAAUCUGCGAGAUACGGGCGAUUUAGGCGCGGCAGGACGAGGGCAGAGAUAUGCGGUGAUCACGGAUAAGAUCAACGAGAAUCCGACAAUGUUGCUGGAUGCGCUUGUCAGACUCAGAAUGACCACCAUCGUCGAACUUGCUGAACAAAAGGCAAAUUAUUUGGGCAUGCAAACGUAUAGACAGAGAAACUUCUCACGCGAAGAAUUCGCGAAACUCGGCCCAACAGCCCGCAGUCUACUCUUCAUCCAACUCACGCCCUUCCCAAAUCACUACCUCGUCCUCGUGGUCACGGAUGACGACUUCCGGUACGCGCUCAUUAACGUUACGAUCGUGCCGGAUAGUAUGUAUCAGAGCUUGGUCAUGGAGGAUAUUGGAUGGUUGGAUGUCGCGAGGAUAUGCCAACCGCCACAGGUACCAGUCGCGGGUGAGGGUGAAGGCGGGAAAGUGUCGCUGGACCCGAAAGGCCAGAAUGUUGGGCCAGGUGCUAUGGUGGGAGAUGCAUCUUUGAGUCGAUUUAGGAUCGAGACGAGGGUCCUAAGGGAACUUUAUGCUUACUGCUGUGCACGAGUGGCCCACACCAAAGUCGAGAAGCAGUUCAAGGCCCGCGGCAUCCCUUACGCCCACGUCAGCUCUGCUCAAACCAACCUCUCAUCCCUUCCUUCCUCCCUCGACCACCUCCAUUCCGCCCUCUCACACACAAUCCCAUCCCUCUGCGUCCAAUCCUCGGACAUCCUCUCCGGAUCGCCGGCAUUCGAAGCCGCCAUGCCCAAUAUCCGUAUAAUACCUCUCUCCUGGUGGUCCACCACCUCUUCUACCCAACCCUCUUCCUUCUCUUCUUCGUCUUCCUCUAUGUCAUUCUACUCCGGUGGAACGAGGAGUAGUGGCGAUCCACCACCGCAGGUCGUCACGUGCGUGAAACUGAAGUACGUGCAGCAACCUGUGGGGAGGAGAGCUGGGCUGGGGAAAGGUGUGAUUAGGCCGUCGAAGAGGAUCGUUUAUGAUGCGAAUGAGGCGGUUGUCUGUUUUUUGGCGGAUGAAGUCGAAGGUUGUGUCACAGAGUUCCUGGAGGAAUGGGCGAAGGUGUCGAAGAUUGUUGUGAUCGCGAGGGAAGUCGCGAAGAUGGCGAAGGAGAAGCAGUGGCAGGACGUCAGGCUUCUGUCGUUCGAUUUGCAGACUGUCGAGUUUGCUUAUGCAUUGGACUACACCGUAUCUAUCACCUGCACCGACCAACUCAGUACCUCCGGCGGAACGUACAACCUUCACUUCUCACGUAUCCCAUCAACACCCUCCACCGCCACGUCCGAUAGCCAGCCUCCCUUUUCAGCUACAACAACCUCCUCCCCUCGAGGAUACAACCCGCAUACCGACGCCCAGGCUUUCUUCCGUAGUCUCCUUCGUCAAGGAAGGCUCUCUACUGCUUUACCUUCGCUUGUGUCCGUUCUUCGAGAUACGGUUCCUGUUGUGGAAGUAUUGGAAGGAAUCCGUGCCGAAGUCGAGCAAUGGAGCGCCGCAUUGGACAAGGAUGCGAUGGACGUGGAUUCGUCUCCUGGCAAGGGGAAGGGCAAAGAGAAAGAGAAGGAGAAAGGGUUGUCAGACGUGGAUACCUUCCCAAAGGCCGCGGGUUGGUGGCGAGUCGACUUUAGGACGAACGUAGAGGGUGGGAAGCAAGCGAGACACGCCCUCGAUUUCAGACUUAUGAAAGGAGGACGUGUUGGCAUACUCGACGCCUCACACUCCCUUUUCCUGUCGACGCCUUCGUCUUCCUCCACAUCAACCUCCUCUCUAUCGGCCUCGACUUCGGCGUCCGCGCUAUCGCAGGCAAAUUCGCACUCGCACCUGCACUCUGAUAAGGACAGGGAGAGCGCGUUGCUCCUGCAGCCUAUUCCGAAGCUGAAACAGUUGUUAGUGGACGCUGUUAAGGAGGUCAAGGCUCAGGAGGGCACGAGGAUAGAGGGGAAAGUGGCCGUUGUGGAUGUGGGUGUCGUAUGUGGGAUUGAGGAUGUGAAAGAGAUAGGGAGUAGGGUUUGGGCUGGAAUCGUGAAGGAGUUAGGUGCUGGGAAGGGUGUGGGCUCGGGUAUUACAGCUAGUGCAGCUGUCAAGUGAGACCACCAGCCACGGGAGGCGUCGACGUUGUAUUAUUAUUGUUUGAUU